AAAUCAUAAUAAUCAUGAUGAAAACAACUAUGUACAGAUAAUUGUUACGCGACUGGUGCCUAUCAUUAGUAGGUCACGUACAUAUCGCUAUCUCCAGUUUUAUACAACCAGAUAUUCUAACACACGACAUACAAAUGUCUGCAGUCAUGGAUUUCGCUCGGAUAGCACUCGUCUUUAUCUCUGUAUGUACUGCAGUACAGGGCCAGCUUCCAUGUGAUGAUAUCUUCACAGGGAGGAUUUCCCCGCCAGCAGACUGUUCGGAUGGCGGAGAUUCGCCCGAGAUUGACCCCAGAUGUAGGAUAGACCUUGGCGCACAUCCACUUAACAACCCUAGCCAUAUCGUCAAAGUAACUCUCGACAACGCUUUGAAGAGCAAUGUUAAAUUAUGUUUUGGAUGUCCCGAGAAUAACUUUGUUGACCAGUGUAACACCGUCAUUGCCUGUCAUCCGCGUACGGUAUGCUUCAACGAAAGUCACCUAAACCAUGAUGACACUCCUCACAUUCGACAUAUGUAUGGAUGUAUGUGGGCCUCCGAUCAUGUUACAUCCCAGGGGCACAAAUGUCAUCAGCCAGAUCACGGAUCAGAGUCCGGAACUAGGACAUGCGACCAUCCUCACCUGUGUAAUGGAGACGCCAAUCAUUUACAACGUAUUGCUGAUAUAAUCUAUUCACUUCAUCCCACUACAACCACGACGAUGGUACCGACUACUAAAGCUACAACGCCCAAACCGACUACUACAACUGUACCGACUACAACUUCAGUACCGAUUACUGAAGCUACAACGCCCAAACCGACCACUACAGCUGUACCAACUACGACGUCAAAACCAGUUGUCAUAACUGCACCAUCUACAACAGCUUCACCAAUAGCAUCAAAUGCUAAGCCUUCAACGUCCACAAAUGGUCAAACAUCAAAUCCUCAAUCAACACCUUGUAAACAGGGAGACGGUUCGCUGAUGUGUGUUGACAAGGACGAUCCACCUUACUUCACAUGUAAAGAAUUUGACCACGACAUGGGUUUAUGUGGCUGGACGUCCACUCUGGGACACGAUAGUGCCGUUAGGGACUGUCCACGGUAUUGUGGAUUCUGCGACGAAUAUUGCCAGAAGCUGUACGAUUCGCAAGCUACGACAUCAACAACUACAACAUCAACACCGACAACUACAACAACAACACCAACAACUACAACAACGACACCAACAACUACAACAACAACAGCACCGACAACUACUACAACAACAGCACCGACAACUACAACUACGACACCAACAACUACAACAACAACACCAACAACUACAACAACAACACCCACAACUACAACAACAACACCGACAACUACAACAACAACACCGACAACUACAACAACAACACCAACAACUACAACAACGACACCAACAACUACAACUACGACACCAACUACAACAGUAACAACAACAUCAACUACAACUACGGUACCGACAACUACAACAACGACACCGACAACUACAACAACUACGGUACCGACAACUACAACAACUACGGUACCGACAACUACAACAACAUUAACAACAACGGACACUACUGUAGCAGCACCAACAACACUGUCGACGUUGACAUCAUCAGCGCCUUCUGAACCGUCUACUAUAAUAACGACUGCCGCGCCGACUGUUCCUCCGUGUGUGGACAAAGACAGCACAUGUCCUGGACUUGCAAGCUUCCUGUGUUCAUCCAAAGAGCCCGUCUCUCAGGCCUACGCCAAGGAAAGCUGUGCUAAAACCUGCAAUUUGUGUUUGGCGACGACAGCGACGACUCCUCCACGGCCCUCUGUACCAUGUGAAGACCAUGCCCUCAACAACAUAUGUGCCUCCAUGACUAAUGUGCUAUGUACAUCACAAGAUGCUCAUACUAAAAACUAUGCCAUUGCUAACUGUGCUAAAACCUGCAACCUCUGUACAGAAUACUUUCAACAACUCUCUGCAUCGGCACUACCAUUGCUGGGAUAGAGGACUGCUGGUUUGGUAUUGCUGGGAUAGAGGACUGCUUGUUUGUAUUGCUUGUUUUCAGCUAUGUAUAAUAAAAUCUGUACAAAUCUUUA